CCCCCUUUCUUCUAAAGAAUUUUCUAAAAAUUGAAACGCUCGCGCGCGCCCUAAAUUCAAAUCGAAAUCCAGUAAUCCGAGAACUCACCGAGUUCGUAAAAAAAUGGCGCACGCAGCAAGAUUGAAUCUCCGAAUGCAGAAGGAAUUGAAGCUCCUACUCACCGACCCACCUCACGGCGUUUCUUUUCCUUCCCUCUCCGAUGACUCUUCUUCUCCAUCUUCCUCUCUCACAUCUAUUAAUGCCCAUGUUAAAGGACCUGAAGGGACUGUCUAUGCCACUGGGAUUUUCAAAGUUGAGAUUCAAAUUCCUGAAAGGUAUCCAUUUCAGCCUCCUAUUGUGACGUUUGCUACGCCGAUAUACCAUCCAAAUAUAGACACUGGAGGCCGAAUUUGUUUGGAUAUCCUCAAUCUUCCUCCUAAGCAGGGUGCCUGGCAACCAUCUUUAAAUAUUUCAACUGUCUUAACAAGCCUUGGACUAUUGCUAAGUGAACCAAACCCUGAUGAUGGCCUUAUGCAUGAAGCGAGCAAGGAGUACAAAUAUAACCGAGCAGCAUUUGAUCAUAAGGCAAGAUCCAUGACUGAAAAAUACGCCAGAGCUGGAGAAAGUGAAAGUGCUACUGGUGGCCAAGGAUCUCAAUCUCACACAAAUCAAAGCACCUUACAAAGCGAAAUGAAUGUAUCAGAUGUAUCAUUGUGUGAAAAUGAGUAUUUUGUAAGCCAUAAGAGAUUCAGUGGAAGCAGCAGGAAGCUGUCACUAGAGUGUUCAGGCUUGAUUAUGAAAUCGGACAGUGGCAAGAGGACCUAUGAUGUGCCUGGAAACCAGAUGGAUGUUGGACUGAAGGAAGGUAAUAAAGAAAUUGCCACUGAAUGCAAUCGAGAAUGUGACAAUCUACAAGUCACUAGGGAUAAAUAUCAGCAGAAAUUUUAUGAUGUCUCCAACAUUAGAAAUGCUGACAGCGUAGAUAUUGAGGUGCCAAAACAAGGUCCCUCUGCUAUGGAAACCCGAAACCCUUCAAUGGAUUAUUCAGUGUCCUUGCUGCAGACUGCUGACAAUCACAAGCAAGAACCCCCUAAAAGUGAAGUAUGUAAGUUAUUAAGUGACAGCAAAAUUAUUACUUUGGAGAAAUCUUCAGAACAGUCACUACAAUCUCUCGAGUCGAGCAAGAGAAGUAUCCACUGUGUUGAGAAACUGACCGCUAUGCCUCCACAGACGGUCUCUCAAAGUAGCAGCCACAAUGGAAUAAAUCUGUACAAGAAUCCUUUCGAUCAGAUUGGGAAUGGCUCUGCCAGUAUCAGGCGCAUGAGACUAGGUUUGGUCAGAAGGAAACCAUCCUUGGGGCCUCUGAGUUCAAGCCGACGCCCUUUAGAGGAUAACAAAGAGAAUCAAGCUCCAUUCCAAACCUUGCCCCCUUCACAACCAAAAGGACAAUCUGGAAAGCUGCCAUUGAAACCUCUAGAUCAAUUGAGAGGGAGUAAUAAUCAGGUUGACUUGCAUUCUGAAAAAUCCUCUACAAAUUGUUCUAGGAACCUGCACCUGUCGUGUGAUGACAGGUACAAUGAAAAGCAGCAAUCUAAACGAGUUCAUGAUGAGGAGUCUGCUGGUGGAUUCAUACAGCAGGAAGAACUGUUGCCAGUACCCGAGACAGUGAUCGUGUCAGAUAGUGAAGAUAGCGAGGAUGAAAAUAUUUCUGCAAGGUCCAAAUUGUCACUAGCCCGGAAAUGCCUUUCAAGGAAGCGAAAAGGUUCCCAUUGAUUUAUGCUUACUACUUUACUAACUUCAAAUAGCGUCUAAUUUACAAUGGAAAAUUCUUCAAGUUUCAAAUUGCAAAUAUUAUAGGCACACUACUAAUGAUAACAAUGUGUAAGGUACCUGUGUGUACUUGUACUGUAUAAUUUCAUCUCAAUAGCACUGACAUUUUUUUUGGCUUCCAGCACAUUGAUACAUUCUUUUCUAUCAAUGGAAAUUCGAACA